UAAACCGGAAGCAUAUGGUUUUAUUUACAUCAAGAAAUUCAACAUGCGUCCACUAACUGAAGAAGAAACAAAAAUAUUCUUUGAAAAGCUUUCAAGAUAUAUUGGUGAGAAUAUAAAGUUACUGUUAGACAGACCAGAUGGAACUUACUGCUUCAGACUUCACAAAGAUCGAGUUUUCUAUGUCAGAGAAGAGAUAAUGAAGUUAGCAGGUAACAUAGCCAGGAAGAAUUUAAUCAGUAUGGGAACAUGCUUUGGUAAAUUUACAGGAUCACAGAAAUUCAAGCUUCACAUCACAGCUCUAGAUUUUAUUGCACCAUAUGCUAAGUAUAAAGUAUGGGUUAAGCCAAGUGCAGAACAGCAGUUUGUGUAUGGACAUAAUGUAAUGAAAUCAGGUCUAGGAAGAAUUACAGAAAAUACUCCACAGUAUCAAGGUGUCAUUGUGUACAGCAUGAAUGAUCUCCCCUUGGGUUUUGGUGUAGCAGCAAAAUCAACACAGGAUUGUAGAAGAGCAGAUCCCAUGGCCAUUGUUUCAUUUCAUCAAUCUGACAUUGGAGAAUAUAUUAGAUCAGAAGAUAAAUUAGUAUAAUAUUGAUCAAAAGUUCUGCUUGUUAUUUCUUUUCACAAAAACACAAAUAUAGUGACAGGCCUUAACUUAGGUGGCAGUGUUUUUUUCUCA